GCUCUCCUACGGCGGGGCUGGAUGGCCGACCCCGACGCCGCGGGUGUGGAGGAGGUGGCAGUCCGGCGCCGCGAGCCCAGGUGACUCGCCCUCCUCCAGCCUAAAGCCCUCGGCCCGGGCGACGCCUCCGGCCUGAGCUCCUUCCCUGGCGGCCGCGGCCCCUCCCCUGGGACAAUAUGUUCAAGAGAAUGGCGGAAUUUGGGCCUGACUCCGGCGGGAGAGUGAAGGGGGUUACCAUCGUUAAGCCAAUAGUUUAUGGUAAUGUUGCCCGAUAUUUUGGGAAGAAAAGAGAAGAAGAUGGACAUACCCACCAGUGGACAGUAUAUGUAAAACCAUACAGAAAUGAGGAUAUGUCAGCAUAUGUGAAGAAAAUCCAGUUUAAAUUACACGAAAGCUAUGGCAAUCCCUUAAGAGUCGUUACUAAGCCGCCCUAUGAAAUUACUGAAACAGGAUGGGGUGAAUUUGAAAUAAUCAUCAAAAUAUUUUUCAUUGACCCUAAUGAGAGGCCGGUGACUCUGUAUCACUUACUGAAGCUGUUCCAGUCUGACACCAAUGCAAUGCUGGGGAAAAAGACGGUGGUUUCCGAGUUCUACGAUGAAAUGAUAUUUCAAGACCCAACGGCAAUGAUGCAGCAGCUGCUAACGACAUCUCGUCAGCUAACCUUAGGAGCCUAUAAACACGAAACAGAGUUUGCAGAACUUGAAGUGAAAACCAGAGAAAAGCUAGAAGCCGCCAAGAAAAAGACAAGCUUUGAAAUCGCAGAGCUUAAGGAAAGACUAAAAGCAAGCCGUGAAACUAUCAAUUGUUUAAAAAAUGAAAUCAGAAAACUUGAAGAAGAUGAUCAGACAAAAGACAUCUAAGCGCUGGCCGUGAGUCAAGCCACAAGCAGGCGGCCCUGCGGGGAUGGACUUGGUGCAGGUGCUGUGAUGUCUCUGGAGGAGCUGCGUGUGUUUGCCAACCACGGUUUCUCAGCUGCGAGGUCCAGUACUCACGGUGCCCCAGCCCUGGGAAAUCCUGUGUGGCAUCAUGAUGCUAAGCACAACCUUCAAGUGUGUCUUUUCUUAAAUUGGCUGUGUGUGGUUAUUUUCCUUUAGGCAGGCAUCAACAUCUUGUUAUACUUGUACAGAUUUGGUAGUGUGUGUAUUAGUGCUAGGAAGAAUUAGUAUUUAUAUUUAAUUUUUCAAGUUCCCACCUGUCCCGUUCUACCUCUUUUGUAUGGGAUGCGUCUUGUAAGUCUUCAGUAGAUGUAGUUUCUUAUGUCUUCUCCGAUCACUUUUCAAGCUUGCAAU